AUGCGUCCUCAUUGCCUUCUCCCGUGCCUCGUGGCGCUCGCCCACGCAGAGUGGUGGGACGACUUCUCCAACAACCUCGCCUCUGACCUCGCGCCCAUCCUUGCCCUCUUUGGCGAACAAGUCACCAAGCAAUUCCUGAGCGAAUCCACCACCAGGCUCGAUACCUUUAUAUUCGCCAUGGUGCCCUUGGGCAUCCUCACGGCUGUCGUCUCCGCCAUUCGCGUCUGCGGCGGCCCGUCCCUGCGCGCUUUCAUCGGUCGCGCCCAGGAAGGAGGCGGCGUCGCCGAGGCGGAACUGUGCUCCUCCACCAGCCGUGACGUCUGUGAGCUCUACCAUAAUGGUGCUGUUGUGCGCGUGUUUGGGCGGCCCAAGAUUGCGGAACUGGUCCAUGAACCUAGGGGCGCCAGCUUUUACGAGAAGCUGGGCAGCCAUGACGGAGCCAAAGACGAUGUAGCGGCAAAGUGUGGCAUUUACACGUUCCAAGAAUAUAUUGGCAGCUCUGUCGCACGAGACGCUGGGUGGACCGAAAACGGCGCAGCUGUGGGGGGAGACGCUGAGAAUGGAAGCGAUCGCACCAUGAAGUUUGCUCCCAACCCCAAUUUGUCUCUCAAUUACGGAAUAAAGAAGCACCCCAAACUCGUCAAUUGGCUGGCCGCAUUUGCUGGACUUGUACUCCAGGCCUCGGUCUUGUGGUUUGGCGCUCUAGCAACGUACAAGUGGCGCUGGAAGAAGAAUGACACUCAGGCUCCGCCUUGGGCUUUUCCGAUGAUGGUCUUUGGAACUCUGCUGCAAUGUUCUGGCAUGUGGUGGUUGUUGCCGUGA